AUGGGAAGUGUUGCGUACUAUACCACUACAGAUAUCCCUCCCGACCUUGUUGAAGCAAUCAAUAGGAUGGGUAACGGCGAUGUUAUCGUAAGCUGUCGAGACGUUUGGUUGUUUGUUAAUGACGUUUUGAAGAAGUUCUACGGCACUCCUGCAUGGCUUCGAAACUAUGAACAGGAGCUGCAAGUUGGAAACGUCGAUGGAAAAGGUGACGACACAGACGAGGACAGCGAUGUAACUAUUGGGGUUCGUGCUCAUAGCGCUCAGCAAUUCACAUGUUCUUGA